UUUUCAUUUAUCAUGAAGCAAAGGGUAUUUUUGAAGUUCAAUCACGCACGAUCAUACACGAAUGGUUUCUAUUUUCCUAUUCCCCUUGAACACGUUCUUGAUCACAUCACAAGAUGAAGCCACCCUCCGCUUGCUUGCUUGCACUUCUCCCGCUUGUACUAGCACUUGGGCAGAACCGAACAGUUACCCUCACAGGUGAAGGUGGCUUGCUACAGUUGGCGGGCUCAGGCGUGGACGGUCAGAUCCUCCUGAGCGCGAAUGAUUGGUGGGGUGUAAUCCGCGCUGCGGAAGAUCUUGCUGGGGAUGUGGAGAAAGUCACGGGCGAGAAACUGACUUUGGGGCAUUGGGUGGUGGGAGAAAGUAUGAAUGGUACGAAAAAAGCCUGGAGGAGUGGACCAGCUGCUUCUGCCUCGGAAUCGGGUUCCUGGGGAUCUCCUGAUGGAGAGACUGGGCAUGGUAGUACGGAAAAGAGUAAUGGAGAGACGACGGUCUUGUAUACGUAUUUCCCGACAACUAAUAACGUUAAUUACACUGUAGGGCCUGCCGAGAACUUCACAGGCCCCACGCUAUCCUCCAACUCCCCCGCGAAAACUGUCAUCAUUGCCGGCACCGUCGAUAAAUCCGAUGUGAUAAACGCGCUCAUUUCCUCAGGCAAACUCAACGUCUCCAGCAUCCAAGGACAGUGGGAAUCGUUCAUUUCUCAAGUUGUUGAUUCACCACUACCAGGAAUCGAGAAGGCGCUGGUAAUAGCCGGGAGCGAUCUGAGGGGUACGGUAUUCGGCUUAUAUGAUGUGAGUGAGCAGAUAGGGGUCAGUCCCUGGUGGUGGUUUGCAGAUGUGCCAGUUCGGAAAGCGGAGGGCGUCUGGGCACUUAGGGAUGGAAGAAAAGUGCAAGGGCCCCCAAGUAUCAAGUAUCGAGGCAUUUUCAUUAACGACGAAGCGCCUGCUCUAACGAAUUGGAUCAACGAGAAUUACAAACCAGGCAAAUACGGCCCAGGUUUCAACCACUACUUCUACGCGCACGUCUUUGAGCUGCUCCUCCGGCUGCGCGCGAACUAUUUCUGGCCCGCUGAGUGGUCCUCCAUGUUCGACGUCGACGAUACGGCGAAUCAGCCCCUGGCCGAUGCGUAUGGGAUCGUGAUGGGCACUUCGCAUACAGAACCAAUGAUGCGGGCCAGUAAUGAAUGGACGGUGUUUGGGCCGCUGUAUGGUGGGAAUGGACAGUGGGAGUAUGACACUAAUAACCAGAGUCUGAUUCCGUUUUUCAGGUAUGGAGCGCAGAGGGCUAAGCCGUAUGUUGGGAAUAGUUUGUUUACUAUGGCUAUGAGAGGUAGUGGCGACACAUCUAUCAAUAUGCCAGCAGUCGAGGCAGUACAGAUCCUGAAGGAUGUUGUGAAUGAACAGCGCACAAUCCUGGGGCAAGUCUUCAACGGGACCAAUAUCACGGAUAUCCCGCAGAUGUGGUGCUUGUACAAGGAGGUCCAAGGGUAUUAUGAGGAUUAUGGACUCACGGUGCCGGAUGAUAUUACGCUGUUGUGGUCGGAUGAUAAUUUUGGCAAUAUCAGGAGGUUGCCACUGGUCAAUGAGACGGGGAGAUCUGGGGGCGCAGGAGUAUAUUAUCAUGUGGAUUAUGUAGGCAGUCCAAGAGACUACAAGUGGAUCAACACGAUUCAGCUUGAGAAGACCGUUGAGCAGAUGCAACUUGCGUACGCGCGCCAAGCAGACCGCAUCUGGAUUCUCAACGUUGGCGAUUUGAAACCCCUUGAGAUCCCAAUCAACCACUUCUUGGACAUGGCAUACGACACACCCAUGUGGAGUUACGACAGCGUACCUACCUGGCUCAGGCUCUGGGCAACACGUGAGUUCGGGCCCCAACUUGCUGACAACAUAUCUUCUAUCCUCGACCGCUACGGUAUGUAUGCGGGGCGCCGCAAAUAUGAGCUCGUAGACCCGACCACAUACAGCGUAAAUAAUUACAACGAAGCGGAUGCUGUUCUUUCUCAAUGGUCCUCUUUGGCCUCUGACGCUCAAGCUGUCUAUGAUUCAUUGGAUUCCGAGUCCAAGGCACCGUUCUAUGAGAUGGUUCUCCAGCCGGUUCUUGGAGGAGAGGUAGUGACGCAGAUUUAUAUCGGUGCUGCCAAGAACAACCACUUCGCCGAGCAGAAGAGGAACUCGGCGAACAAUGUUGCGCAGGCGGUGCUGGAUUCAUUUCAGAUGGAUCAUGCUCUGACGCAGCGUUAUCACGAUUUGCUUGGUGGGAAAUGGAAUCAUAUCCUCGACCAGACGCAUCUGGGGUAUGAUUACUGGCAGCAGCCAAUGCGAAAUGCCCUUCCGCCCCUCGCCUGGGUCCAGGAAAUGGAAACGUCGCUCGCGGGCAAUAUUGGUGUCAGCGUCGAGGCUUCAAAUGCUACAGUGAGUGGAGAUGAUAAUUAUCACGCCCUCUCAAGUAAUACACUUGUGUUGCCGCCCAUGGAUCCGUAUGGACCUAAAACGAGGUGGAUUGAUAUCUUCGCCAGAGGAACUACGGGCUGUGAAUGGAUUGUCACACCUUGGGAAGAGUAUGUUAUUGCCACUCCCUCGACCGGCACGACAGGAGGCAAUAACGGGACAGAUACGAGGGUUUACAUCUCUGUAGAUUGGAGCAAAGCCCCAGCUGCACCAAACACCACGACAGUGAACAUCAAUAUCACCUCUUCCUGCCCGGACUGGGGCAACUACCCGCCGCCGCAAGUGCAGGUCCCCAUCGUAUCUACAGCGAUUCCGCACGGAUUCACCGGCUUCGUUGAGUCUGACGGCCACCUCGCCAUCGAAGCGGAGCACACCUCCCGCAGCACCGAAGUAAACGGCGUAUCCUAUCUCACGCUCCCCAACUACGGACGCACCUUAUCCGGCGUGAUGCUCGUCCCUGCCCUCGCAGCCACCCAGUCUCCAGGCGAAGGCCCCGUGCUGGAAUACAACAUAUAUACAUUCACCUCCACAUCCCACGCCACCGUCACUCUCUACCUCUCACCCAGCCUGAACCAAAACGGCGCCGUGCGACCCCUGCGCUACGCCAUCGCCUUCGACAAUGAAAGCAUGCAGGAAAUCCAAUUCGUGCCCGACGCCUCGGAUGGCAAUCUCCCCGAUGGCUGGACCGGCGCCGUCAGUGACGCGGUCUGGGGAUUGUCGAGCGGGAAUCGCACGACGACGAUCCAUGAUCUGAGUGAGGCGGGCGCACACACCCUGAAGAUCUGGUGCCUGGAGCCGGCGGUCGUGAUCCAGAAGAUCGUGGUUGAUCUGGGAGGCGUGCGGCCGAGCUAUCUGGGCCCGCCCGAGAGCUUUAGAGCGGGGGUUGAUGUGGUGGGUGGGUACGAGGGGACGAAUGCUUUGGGGGUUGUGCUUAGUCCUGGAGUGGGGAGUGCGUAGGUGCGUGGAAUAUAGGCGGUGAGAUCUGCUCAGUGAAGUUUGGAUAGGGGCCUGGAUAUCUAUAUGGGAUAUGAACUAACUAACCUGCUUUCCAAGAUCCAUACAUUUUAGCCAGCAAUUGUAAAGGUGAACGUGAAAAUAGGGGCAGGCUGCGUGCUUUCAUUCCCAGAACCGCACUCGAACCUGUAUCAAUAGCAGCAAUGGCCUUCCUUGAGACAUCAUCAGCUUACUCAAGGAAAGAUGAGGGCAUCUCAACACCCCUGAAUAAAGAAAUUCUCAUAUAUCCAUAUAUAACCACGGAAAUUCUAC